UUUAUUAUGAGGACUAUAUGCUCUAGAGACCUCAGACAAGGCAUCUCAUAGGAGGCUUUUUCAUAAAACUAGGCUCUGCUGGUAGUGGGGAGGCCAGUGUGGAGGCAGGCGCUGAGCUGUGCACAUCUCCCCACCGCCGCCGCCACCGUCUCCUCGCCCACCUUUCAUUUCAUUUUUCCACUUGGCUGAGCCGUCCAGAACCUUUUCAAUGUAUAAAAUGGAAUAUUCUUACCUCAAUUCUUCCGCCUACGAGUCCUGUAUGGCCGGGAUGGACACCUCGAGCCUGGCUUCCGCCUAUGCAGACUUCAGUUCCUGCAGCCAGGCCAGUGGCUUCCAGUAUAACCCGAUCAGGACCACUUUUGGGGCCACGUCCGGCUGCCCGUCCCUCACUCCGGGAUCCUGCAGCCUCGGCACCCUCAGGGACCACCAGAGCAGUCCGUACGCCGCAGUUCCAUACAAACUCUUCACGGACCACGGCGGCCUCAACGAGAAACGCAAGCAGCGGCGCAUCCGCACCACGUUCACAAGCGCGCAGCUCAAAGAGCUGGAGAGGGUCUUCGCCGAGACGCACUACCCUGACAUCUACACCCGGGAGGAGCUGGCGCUGAAGAUUGACCUCACCGAGGCCAGAGUCCAGGUGUGGUUCCAGAACCGUCGGGCCAAGUUUCGAAAGCAGGAGCGCGCCGCCGCCGCCGCGGCCGCUGCAGCCAAAAACGGCUCCUCCGGCAAGAAGUCCGACUCCUCCCGGGACGACGAGAGCAAGGAGGCCAAGAGCACCGAUCCGGACAGCACCGGGGGCCCGGGACCCAACCCCAACCCGACCCCCAGCUGCGGGGCCAACGGCGGCGGCGGCGGCGGGCCCAGCCCGACCGGAGCUCCGGGGGCGGCGGGCCGGGGCCCCGGAGGCGAACCCGGCAAGGGCGGUGCGGCCGCGGCGGCGGCGGCAGCGGCUGCGGCGGCAGCGGCGGCGGCGGCGGCGGCGGCGGGAGGCCUGGCUGCGGCCGGGGGCCCCGGACAAGGCUGGGCUCCCGGCCCGGGCCCCAUCACCUCCAUCCCGGAUUCGCUCGGGGGCCCCUUCGCCAGCGUCUUGUCUUCGCUCCAAAGACCCAACGGUGCCAAGGCCGCCUUAGUGAAGAGCAGUAUGUUCUGAUCUGCGAUCUGCGGCGGCGGCGGCGGGCGAGCCCGGGCGCGGGCUGGCGAGUGGGCGAGUGGGUAAACCCAAGGCUAGGGUCGCUGCUGCCAGGGGCUUUUUUCUUUUCUUUUUUUUCAUCGAAGGCCUAAAAUGAUCGCGAUUCGAAUAACGAAAAAAUGACGUCGCUCCCAUUUCAACCCCACUCUUACCCGGUUCCUCAACCUCCCUCCCCUAACAAAACAAAACAAACAAACAAACAAAAAAACUUCCCCGGCUUCGCACCUGCCUCGGGCUGCGCAUCGGACAGGGCUCCGCCUGCUGCCCAGGGGGUGUGAGCAGCGUGGCCUGGACUUCGGGGCACUCUCAGGGGGCUGUGUCUGAGUGUCGGGUGUAUGUUUGUCUCGGAGAAUGUGUGUCUGUGGCCCCAAGUAGGUGAUAGGGAGAGAUGGGGUAGGGGCCACAACCAACUCAGUGACUUCUUAGAAACAAAUUAAAAAUUCGGAAGGCAGCAACGAUUUAAAAAAAAAAAGUAAAAUAAAAUAAAUCACAAAAGUUAAAAAGAUCCACAUGGAGGGGACAAGUUAAAAAUACAAAGGGGACAAGGAAGGCCUGUGGCUGGUACUGAGGAUUUGGGCUUGCGAACCCCUAAAUUCUCAUGCUCACAACUGUACAGACUCUCGUGACUCCUCUUUAGGAAGGAAUACUGACAGCCUUUCCAGCCUGGUUCCCCUCAGGUCCUUGGGUUCCGGCCACCGCAGAGAUGGCUCACUCAGACUGUCCUGGCAGCCAAAGUGACUUUCUGGAGCCCGCUUGCCAAUGUCCCCACCUCGCCGCCGCCGGAAAACCAUCUUGCCAUGAGCGCGACUGAUGGCCACACCGUUUUGCUAUCCCCAAACCCGAAUCUUGCAGCCGCUUGGCCCUGAAAAGAUGCCCUGUACAUGAGAUGCCUUUUCAUCCUCAAACUCUGCAAACCGUGUCUCCUAUUCCACAGCGCUCCUUGUUUUUCUCUCCUGCCACCCCGACCCACCCGCAUUCUCUUCCUCCACCAGCUUUUACGGAACUUUCUGGCACUGCUUUGCAUUGGAGUCCGUUGCAGUCCCACGGAGCUGGCUGCAGAGAAAUCUACCCAGCACGGGAAAGGCACACACACACACACACACACACACACACACACACACACACACACACACACACACAGAGUUUGCAGAAAGUGUCUCGGCUUGCGUUUCUGAUUGAGUGAUCCGAGCUGGACUCAUCCUGUAGGGUGGACGGACUGUAUAUUGAUGCGCAGUUUAGACAUCUCUGUUGGGAUUUUUAUUUUAUUUUAUUUUAAAAGGCACAAACUAUAGAUAUUAGUUGAAUGUUGAGGCUUUAACUUUUUCGGUGUCUUUCUACAGCUGUGUUCUGUGACUCAAAUGUAUCGUGUUACUCUCAGUACAGACCGUCUCCUCUACGUGACCGUAUAAUGUUUUUCUCUUCUUGUAGUCUCUUUGGUGUGUCUUUAUGGCGUAAUAAGGUUCUCACGGGUUCAAUUCCUUUGUGUUUAGAGAGACCAGGUUCAGACAAUGGUAUAUAUUUUUGUUAUCAGGUGCAUGUAUGUCUGAUUUCAUUUUCUUCUCGUUGGACUAUGUUUGUGAACAUAAGCGUCAUAAGUUAUGUUUCAGAUUUUCAAAUUUAUUUAUACGUGUUAUAAUGAAUGCUUCUAUUUAAAGGGGAAAUAUUUCUACAUGUGCAUAUAGUUUUCCAAGAGUGUACCAUUAACUUGAUUGUUGAUAAUAAAAACAAAAAGCAAGUAUAA